AGAAAAAUCUGCCUAGGAAGAAACGGCGGAAACUGGAAGCAGAAAGAGAGUUACUGGAGGAGGAAAAUGAAAUCGAAAAGUCAGAAAUGGAUGGUAGUGAAGAAUUUGAGAGAAUUUUUACAGAAAUGGGGCAGAAUAAGAUUUGUUUGCGAAAUUCAUUGCUCUACGAAUCGUAUGCCUUGUUUUUGGAAGCUAAGGGGGAGUUUAGUGAGGCACUUAGAGUGUAUCAAUUGGGCAUUUCGAGGAAUUCUGAGCCACUAGCGAGGUUGAAGAAGGCAGAGGUUUUAUUUCUCGAAAGAAUGUCUGAAAUAGUGAAUGUUAGUUCACUUCAGAAGGGGGAUGCAGGUGUCCUUUUGGAGAAUGGUGAAAGCUGUAUCAAUCCAUGGUCGAUUUCCACCAUUAAAGAUCUAUUGCGGAGGAUGAAACCUGAUAUGUUGAAAUAUGAUGGGUACCAUCCAAGUACAAAAGCUUAUCCGGGAAAAGUGGCAUUAUCUUCUUUGCAGAAAACAGCAAGGAAUAAGGUUAUCGAGAUAGGUGGAAGGAAGUACCAAAUAAAAGGUUGUGCUGGUAAGGGAGGAUUUGCUCAAGUAUUCAAAGCAUAUGUUGACAGUAAUUCUGAUGAUGUGGUUGCACUAAAGAUACAAAAGCCUCCUUUCCCGUGGGAGUUCUACAUGUAUCGUCAACUUGAUAAGCGAAUUCCAGACAAGGAAAGGUUGAGCUUUGGUUUUGCUCACAGAAUGCAUCUCUAUUCUGACUACAGCAUACUAGCUUCUGAUUAUCUGGCUCAUGGAACACUACAGGAUGCCAUAAAUUCUAAUGUGGUCAUUGGUGGGUUCAUGGAAGAAGUUUUGUGUAUUUAUUACACCAUAGAAAUGCUUUCCAUGCUGGAAACUCUGCAUAGUGCUGGCAUCAUUCAUGGUGAUUUCAAGCCUGAUAAUCUUCUUAUACGCUAUGCUAGGGAUGAUCUUCCAGAAGGUGGAUUUCGUGACCGUACUGGCCCUUGGCGUGACCAGGGACUCUGCCUUGUUGAUUGGGGUCGGGGAAUAGAUACGAGUCUCUUUCCUGACAAGACAAAGUUUAUGGGAGACUGUCGGACUUCUGGCUUUCGUUGCAUUGAAGUUCAAGAGAACAAGCCCUGGACAUUUCAGGUGGACACUUACGGCCUUUGUGUUAUUGUUCAUAUGAUGCUUCACAAUUCGUACAUGGAGAUCGAAAAGAAAGCAUCUUCUGAUGGCAGCUAUGUUUAUCAACCAAAAUCACCUUUCAAGAGAUAUUGGAAAGUUGACCUUUGGAAGAACCUAUUCACAAAUCUGCUUAACUUCAAUCCUAGCAAAGAUCACAUAAACUUGUUGCAGAAUUCAAGGGAAUCAUUCCAGGAUUACAUGUGCUCAAAUCCUCAGUUGAUCAGAAAGCUAAAGCAAUCAUUGAUGAAGCAAAGAACCACUUUAUGUUCUGCCUAG